AUGGAUAAACUGGUGUUUUUGGUGCUACUUGUUUGUUCAGUGGCGCUUUUUCGUUCCUCCGCGGGAAACUCUACGGUUUAUCGGGGAUACAUAUUCACGGCGCCGAAAAUAUUUCUAGCCGGUGAGAUCGAGCGUGGAUGUCUGUCUUUGCACAAUUUAGAGCCACCGGCCGUUGUUACGCUCGAUCUAUUGUCGCCGUCGACGGUCAAGGAAACGCAAGUGUUGUCGACUAACACCACCGUCCUGAAAACAGGUGUGGAAGCAUGCUUGGAAUUAAUGGUACCAUCAACGGAGUAUACACUGGCAAGGCUACGACUGAUAAUAAAGAUCGAUCAUCAGAAUUACAAGAUCGAGUCUGAGAAACAAAUUCAUAUCCAGCACAACUCUUUAAUAACUUUUGUGGAAACUGACAAGCCAGUGUACAAACCGGGCCAAGAUGUUAACAUCAGGAUUCUCAUGCUUAAGCACGAUUUGAAACCUUGGAGGGAAACGAUUCCGAAAGUUUGGAUUGAAAAUCCAUCGGAGGUGAAGGUAGCGCAAUGGACGAACGUGAAUACGGAAAAUGGUAUGGCGCAAUUGGUGUUUCCUUUAUCGCCGGAACAGAACUCGGGUACAUGGAAGAUCAGAGUACUAAAGAAGAUGUCGCAGGCAAUAUCCACGACUAUGUUCGAAGUAAAGACAUACGUUCUACCAAGAUUUCAAGUAACGAUCAAGUCACCGGGAUAUAUUUUAGCUGACGCGGACAAUGUGACUUGGACCGUUUGUGCUAAAUACAGUUACGGUAAAGCGGUUAAAGGAACUUUACUACUGAAGUCGACCCCGCAAAUACCAAGUUGGAAAAGAAAGCUUAAUCUACCGGAAGUAAAUUACGAGACAAAACUGGACUCGCCUGACGGAUGCACCGAUUUUGUAGUUUCUGGGUCGGAUCUCGGUCUGGAUUGCUGGAAAGUGACCCCUAAUAAUAUCGUCCUUAUCGUCAAUUUCACGGAAGCUGGAACCGGCGUAGUAGAAACAACGAUCAGUCAGACAAUAGUUAUGCAUCAAGCCUUGAAUCUUGAGUUCGUCCCUUACACACCCAAGUACUUUAAAUUGGGCUUGCCUUACCAUGGAAAGUUGCGAGUUUUGCGCCAAGACGAUACACCGGCCCCAAAUGAGAAAAUUCAAGUUUGUCUGCAAGUACUCAGAAAGGAGGAGUUGCUUCGAGUUGUCGUGGAGUGUCGCAACUUCCGGUCAUCCGCCGACGGUUUCGUUGAUUUCGUUGUUCCUCCGCCCCAUAAAGAUAUUCUUGUGUUGAGCUUCAUCGCCACCGCUGUCCACUACCCCACGAAAUAUUACUCGCCGGACACACGGUGGAGAGUAUUCAUGAACCAACCUUCGGCGCAUAUCGACGUGAAUCCUUGGUACUCACCUUCCGACAGUUACUUGGCUGUAGCCAGAGGGAAUCAGCCAAUUGUAUGCGGUGAAAAAUACUCGUUUAACGUGAUGUACACGAUCUCAGCAAACAGCAACACCAACAAGUCAAUAUCGUUCCACUACUCAAUCAACUCGAAAGGAGAUCUCUUAAUACACGGCCACGUGAAGCACAAGCCUAGCCGUGACACUGUAUUAAACUACUCGGAAUUCCGUAACCUGUUGGGUGCAACUGAUUCUGCAGCAAACAAAACUGAGCAGAGCUCCGUUGUACACAGAUUUCCAUUAAGCGUGAAAGUCACACCGAGCAUGGCUCCAGUCUCGGAACUGUUACUUUACUAUGUGCAAGCGGACGGUGAGGUUAUCACAGCUUCGUACACGAUCGAGGUCGGUCACUGUUUUGGGAACAAAGUGAAAAGUGCAUGGCACACGGACGUUCAGACGCCUGGAGCGAGCACGCAGUAUCACGUGGAGGCUGCUCCUUGGUCGUUAUGCGGCAUCUCCGCCGUCGACAAGUCAACCCGCUUCUUGGCGGGAUCGAAGAAGAAUUUGCUCGAUGCUAGUCAGACAUUCGACGAAUUGAAGAGGUUCCAUUCGAUAUCGGAACACGACUCGUCAUGGAAUUAUUGCAAAAGUAUGUUUUUGACCGUCACGUCACACAAGAUUGCUCAUCUGCCGAGUCCAUUCUGGAAUAUGCAGAAAAAAAACAAAGUCAUCUUAGAGAAACGAAAAAGACAUCUGCCGAUCUAUAACAUAGAUGUCAACUACGUGGACGCUUUUCAAGCUUUCCUGGAUUUCGGAGUAGUGGUAAUGAGCGACCUGUUGCAAAAGAUACGACCUUGUGAGACGUGAUACAACGAACAUUCACAUAUCGUUCCUCCAUUAGAUACGUUUAAAUCACUACAACCUGUUGCUGUUCCCUUGAUAAACUUCGAUUCCCAUGAGUCAGUGGGACCGGAAGUGGAUUAUUACGUUGAUCAAUUGCCCGAUCAGACUGCCAUAUUGCGAUCAUACUUUCCUGAAACGUGGUUAUGGGAAUUAGUACCUACUGGGAGAGAAGGUAAAGUUACAAUAGAACGCACCCUUCCGCACACCAUCACCGAUUGGAUCGGUUACACGACGUGCAUAUCACCGAUACACGGCCUCGGAAUAGCACCACCGAUCACCAUAACGGCGUUCCAGCCGUUCUUCCUCGAUUAUACUCUGCCCUACAGCGUGAAACGUGGCGAAAUGUUGCAUAUGAAAGUGUCCUUGUUCAAUUACAUGGAACACCGAUUACCUGUGAAAAUUAAAUUAGAAGAGGCAACAGGGCUCGAUCUACAUUUGUCGCUCCCUGUGGCUUCGUUCUGCGUUAAACCACGGGACAGCGUCGUCCACGAGUACAUCCUCAGACCACGGGUCAUCGGGGAAGUGAACAUUACAGUGUCCGCUUCCAUAGAUCCUGAUUUCGUCGAUCCAUGUGGUCCGGAAACCUUGAUCUUCACACGAGACGUCAUCGUGAAGCCAAUUCUCAUUCUACCAGAGGGUUACCCAGUCGAGGUGACAAAAUCGGCGUUCGUCUGCCCGAAGGACUUCAGCGAUGACUCCACUGUCGUUUGGGAUCUGAUAUUACCGGAGAACGUGGUACCGGACAGCUCCAGGGCCUACGUAACUAUCGUAGGUGACGUUCUGGGCCCGGCUCUCGAGAACUUGGACAAGCUUGUACGGCUGCCAAUCGGUUGCGGGGAACAAAACAUGAUCCUCUUUGUUCCGAAUAUUCACGUGAUCAGAUAUUUGGACGCGGUUGGCAUCGAGAAUCCCGCUCUGAAAGCGAAAGCGAUUAAGAACAUGGAGAAAGGAUAUCAGAGGGAGCUGAAUUUUAGACAUUCAGACGGUUCCUAUGCCGCGUUUGGGCUGCGCACCACGAACGACGAGAGCUCCAUAUGGCUGACCACGUUUGUAUUGAAGUCGUUCGUCCAGGCCCGAGGUCUUAUUCACAUCGACGAGCACGACCUUAGCUUGACUGCCCACUGGAUCAUGAAGAAACAACUGGAAAACGGCUGCUUCCCCGUAGUCGGAAGAGUCUUCCACAAAGAGAUGAAGGGUGGCCUUCUGGACGACAAUUCAUCGUCAGCGUUAACGGCGUACAUUUUUAUCUCCCUGAUCGAAUCUAAAGUACCUUUGUGGGCACAUGUUGUCUCCAAAGCCUUGAAUUGCUUGGAAAACGGAAUGGCUAAUACGAACGAGGAUUUAUACACUGCGAUUCUCACCACGUACGCGUUAGUUUUGGUUGAACAUCCGAAAGCAAAUUCCAGCAUGCAGUUGCUCAUGGAUCGUGCCACACGUCACAAUAACCUGCUGUGGUGGGAGGACAAAUCCAAACCCUCGAUUACUCUAAGCAUCGAAAUGACAGCGUACGUUGUCCUAGCGUUAGUAAAAUUGGGCGGCGAGGAGAAUAUGGUUCAUGCUUUGAAAGCUGUACGUUGGAUGUCAAAGCAGCGAAACUCCGAGGGCGGAUUCACGUCUACGCAGGACACGGUCCUCGCCUUGGAGGCCCUAACGAAAUACGCGGCCGCUAUGAACAGCAGGAAUACCGAAUUCUCUAUCCUCGUGACAGCAACGGAUGUGGAUUACCUGUACAAAAUGACCAAUGACAACCGUAUGGUCCUCAAUCAAAUUUCUUUACCCGUUCUGCCGACCAUCGUCGAGAUUUUCGCGGAGGGGGAAGGCUGCGUGCUGGUGCAGAGUAACAUUAAAUACAACGUUGCACAUGCUACCGGUUCAGAUGCGUUCGAUCUUGCGGUGUCUGCUCAUUCGGUGGCGUACGAGAACGAAUGUUCCGUGCAAGAAAUUACGGUCUGCGCCCGCUACAAGAUGGCGGACGAGGAAAGUAACAUGGUUCUACUUGAAAUUGGAAUGAUAAGCGGCUACGCGCCAGAACGAACAAGCUUGUAUUCGUUAUUAAGAGAUCCAUCGACAAAAGUGAAGCGUUUCGAAGAAGGCCAAGAUACCGUUACAAUUUACUUCGACAAAUUAACUGGUCAGAAGACCUGCAUUUCGUUCAAAGUGAUGAGGGAAACCGUCGUCGAUCGUCUGGAGCCAGCGAACGUGAAACUUUAUGAUUAUUAUGACCAGGAAUUAACAGUGUCCGGCAGCUACAAUUUCGCUCCAACUUGUAGCAGCGCGGAACCCACCGAGGAACAAUCGACUCCGAGUGUGAUGCCGGAAGUGAAAUUGCUGAAGAACGAUUUGUCGGUCAACAAGCUGCUCCUGUCGCAAGAAACAUUCCAAGAUAAUAAACCGAUAGAAAAAUCGUCGAAGAGCAUGGCGACAGAAGAUGCAAGCGAUAGCAGUACGACGAACAACAGAAACAACGAGGCAAAUAGCAAAUCUACGUCUUCGAGAGGACCAGAUUUGAGAAGCAAAGUUCAAGACGACGCAGCGAACAGGAGAGACAAGCUGAGGGAUAAAAUUGAAGAAGCAUUGAUUACAGGAAUGCGACCAAAGACUGACAAUGUGCCAUUCGUUGAAAACUCAAAUCUAAAAAUCAAUGAGGAUGACUUGGACGCUGUCUCGCAUAUACGAACGACCAACGACAGCGGCAAGGUCGAUCAUUCAAGCACUCCACAGGUGGAAUCUGGAAGUGGUUUAACCCCGGAUGAAUCGGACGGAAAUCGAAAUCUCAGUUUUGAUACCGUCGACGCCAACGUAGGAACGUCAGACAAUAUAGAGAAUCCAUCUACGGUUUUUGCGAAAGAAAUCGAGGACUCGGAAUUUUCAGGGAACCCUUUCUUCGUUGUUGUCAGUCACGAAUUGGAAACUCCGGAAGGAGUCGAAGGACCAGUCCCGGUUUACGUGAAACCUGAUACGUUCGAUUACAAAGCGGAAACCACCGUCAGUACCAAUACUCUGCCGGAUUCAGCAUUGACGCCUCCGGUGGAGAAUGAAAACACUUCACAGGGGGAAUUCGACAACCAAACCAAAUACACCACACACAGCGACACGCAGAUUUCGUCGCCAACGAGAGUGAAACAGUAUUGUCCUACGUGCUCCGACAAAUUACCGUCGGAUUUCAGCGAUGUUUAUUGCUCGGCGUACAGCGCGGUUAAAGUAGCAAUCAGACGAUUGCGAAAAGCAAGAUUGUUGCUGGAUCUGAAUGCGUCCCGGGAAGUUCGACGUCUUCGUGCCACGAUCGAGUUCACUAUGGAUCCAAGCUGUUCCUGUUUCCCGUUAGAUUCCCCUGGAAGUUUGGCGUUAAUCGUGAACAAGGACAACGACUUCCUUGCGUCCGGGGAUCACAAACAGACACUGAACAAUUCGUUUAAUAUAUACGGUUUGCCGAUCGUGACAGGAGUGCCGCCCGAAAUCACGGAGGCACGGAGAUUAUCGUGUUCGUAUCAAGAGGAGGAUCGAUCCCGUCUCACGGAUCCUCCGGUCGGCGGUUGAACAAACCGUAUGCCUUUUGUUUUUUUUUCCUUUUUUUAUUUAUACAUUUAAUACGCAAAUAACACUGAAAACUAUAAUUACGUUUUACGAGAACGCCAGCAGGUGGAGUGACGAUGAAGAAUAUUCAUUUGGAAACUUAUCGGCCUCGCUCAUCUGUAAAUCUCGAUCCAUAAGCGAUACGCUAUUUGCAAACUUCGCGCAGGGUAUAUACAUAAUUUCUUUUUCUUUUCUGUUUUUUUCUUUUUUGUAUCUACAAACAUUGCAAUUCUAUAUGAUUAACGGUAGGAUAAGCUGUCGCGUGGCACGCGUGGAAAUAUUAAAAAAACAGUCAUCACCCUCGUUUCUUUUUUCUCCAUUGACUCGAUGAAACUGUAAAUAAAUACAAAACGCUUUCGAUGUAAUUAAUCCAGCUGACUUACUUCUUCUUGUACUGACGAGAGAAAGAGAGAGAGAGAGAAAGAGAGAGAGAGA